GAACAAAGCGGGCCGUGUUUCCAGAACACCGUCCUCCCAUAAAUCCUGCAGGCGAGCAGCUGUGGGGGGUUUGACACUGGGACCUGCUGAGCGUCAUGCCUCUGCCCCGACGCCACUCAUCCUUUCUGGGACAGUCAUCAUCAGAGCGCCCGGCCUCCACCUCUUGUGGGAGGAUGGCUGCAGCGGGGACCACUGCCCCCCGGGGUGUCUUUGUGGGGUCCGCUCCAACGCUGUGUCCAGCAUCAGGGCUAGGGACGCGUGUGUCCCGCAGGGCUCUGGGAAUCAGCAGUGUGUUCAUGCAGGGGAUGAGGAGCACCGCCAUGCCGGUUCUGCCCCGGGCUGGGGAGAGGGGUGCAGGAACGGGAUCUAUGGCGAUGGGCCUGAACAGCUGCUUGAUGGAGUACCGGGACAAAGUGAGAGCGCUGGAACAACUGAACCAACAGCUGGAGGAACAGAUCCGACUGUGUCUGGACCGCAAGGCUGCCAGUGCCGGGGCCUGGGGGCCUCUGAGGAGGGACUGGGAAGACAUUUACAGACAGGUCAGUGAAGCCAUCCUGGACAACGCUCGCCUAAUGCUGCAGACAGAGAACAUCCAAGCCAAUGCUGAGGACUUCAAAGAAAGGUAUGAGAAUGAACAACCCUUCAGGAGGGCGGUGGAGGACGAGAUCAGCUCCCUGCACAGAGUGAUCGAGGAGGCCACCAUGACCAAGGUGGACCUGGAGGAGCAAAUGGAGAACAUGAGGGCUGAGCUGCGCAGUCUGGAGGACAACUAUGAGCAGGAUGUGCGGGGACUCUACAAUCAGAUGGCUGGACGGGAGGUGGAUGAACCCGAUGCUCCCAUCGAGACCAGUCUGGACCAGAUUCUGGCCCACAUUAGGAGUCACUGGGAGAGGAUGAUGGAGAAAAACAGAGCAGAGACCGAUGGCUGCCUGGAGUGCAAGGAAGCGCAGAGUGUGGGGAGCCGGCUAAGUCCAGAGGAGGAGCAGGUGGAGGCACUGAAGACUGAAUGCAGUGAGGUGGGGUGCAAGAUCCAGAGUCUGCAGGCCGAGACCGAGUCCAUCAGAGCAUUGAAACGAGGCUUGGAGAACUCCCUGGCGGAUGCUCGCCACUGGCAUGACGUGGAGCUGCAGAACCUUGGCUCUGUAGUGGCCAAGCUGGAGGCGGAGUUUAACGAUGUACGAGGGGAGAUUGAACAACAGCGCAGGGACUACGAUGUGUUGCUUAUGAACAGGCAGCGUCUGGAGCAGGAGAUUGGCCUGUACCAUGGCAUCCUGGAUGGGGAGGAGAGCCGCUACCUGCCCACCGACACUGCACAGUGUGGAAGAGCUCCUGCUGAAUCUAGGACUGAUGCUCCCUCAGCUCCAGGACCUUCUGGACCAGCAGGACCACGGCCCCAGUAGUCCCCGCUCAGAAUGAGACUCCUUCAGAACCGUGGUUUUCUUCGGUCCCUCAUGUUUCAGAUGUUGUCAUGUUCAUUAUAUCAGGGUCAGAUGAACAGGGUCAUGAGCAGAACUUGAAAAGAACCCGCUGAUCCGACCAUCGGAACCAUCAUACUGAACCAAGGACGCAUCUCAAACAUGUGAGACAUGGGCUCAUAGGGACCAGGAAGGGUUCUGCUUCCAGUCCAGAGACAGAAUAAUACUGUGUGUACAGUGAUCAUGACAUUUCCUGCUUUGUUUCUUUCAAAAUAAAAGGGAAGGAAAUUGAA